AGAAACACAGACAAUCAACAGUUACCCAUAAAAAUUUGUAUCUGUUGACGGCAGCAUAGACCGCCUGAGGACCACAUUGACGUAUUCAUAACAGCGGGAAAAGGUGCGGAGGCAGUUCUCGAUUCCACUUUACUGUUCUCUUAGUCUUCGCUGUGAUCCAUCUGAUAGCGCGCCUUCCUCCUUCUUUAGUCAUGUCGCUCUUACAUCUCCUUGUGGAGGGCAUCACGCAGUCGCCGCACAUGCCGAUGAGCCUCUUCUCGUCAUUUAGUCUGCUUCUCGUCGUCACGUUCGUCGUGCUUCCGCUGGUGACUGAAAGGAGCAUUGCAACUUACCUUGUCUUCCAGCUGGCGUGGUGCCUGCUGCUGUGGGUGCGCUCCGUGCGGGUGGUGGGGUCGCAGUCUGCUCGCCGCGUCCUCGAAGACGACGCCCGUGCGGCGACGCUGACGUGGUUGGAUAUGCUGCGCUUUGCGGCGCUCGGGUGCGUGCUGAAGCGUUUUCUUUUGUUUGAGGUGGGUGAGCAGAUGUGCGCCUUGUACUGCGGCGUCAUCGCACUGCGCACGCUCGUGAAGCCCUUCGCUUAUGUUGUGCUUCGCAUGUACGGCGGUUCGGCCGUGGCGACACGGUUUACCGGCUUCGACCUGUCUGCCUUCUUCGAAUCGAUGUCGGUGAACCGUGCGUCGCACGCCACGAGUGGGCCAGCGUGGAGGCAGCACGUGUCGACAAAUAAGAAGGCGACAUCGGCGGCCACGCGCCUGUCAAGUCUCGCGCCGUCUGCGACAAGUACCGACACCAAGAACAAUAAUGACCGCUGCGUGGUGCUCGACGAGGGCCCGCAUUUCAACCGCACUGCACGUGGCUGUCUGCUGAACGCGGAGGAAUGA